UUCAGAUUUUCCAAUACGCCCAGAAGAAGAGCUGUUCCAUGGUUACCUGACGGAUGAUUUUCGUUUCGGAUAUGAAUCUGUCGGAAAGCUACAGCAAGUUUGGCAAAGUGUUUGGCGUCCUUGCAGUUGUGAUCGUCGUAAUUGCAGCAGUUUUACAUCACCUGGAAAGUUCCGAAACGACUGUGUACAGCAGGAUGUCGGUAGAUAUGUCCGCUCUGGAGGCCAGCUUUAGACAGAAGAAUCAAAGCUGUUUUAUUCUCGGCGCCUCCGGAGAAACGGGUAAGAUUUUACUGCAAGAACUUGUCCAGCGAAAUAUCUUCUCCAAGAUCACUCUUAUUGGUAGACGCCAGCUCAUCUUGGAGGACAAAAUCUACGAAAGCCUGGUACAGGAAGUGGUGGACUUUGAGAAGCUGGAGGACUAUGCAGCAGCCUUCCAGGGUCACGAUGUUGGUUUCUGCUGUCUGGGAACCACCAAGGCCAAAGCUGGGACGGAGGGGUUCAUACGAGUCGAUCAUGACUACGUUCUGAAGGCUGCUGAGCUGGCGAAGGCCGGAGGCUGCUCUGACUUCCACCUGGAGUCCUCCAGAGGAGCCGACAAGACCAGCGGCCUCCUCUACCUCCGAGUCAAGGGUGAGGUGGAGGCGGAUGUGGAGCGGCUGGGCUUCCAGAGGUUGUCCAUCUACAGACCUGCGGUGUUGCUGGUGGACCGCCAGGAGAGCCGCCCUGCUGAGUGGUUGGCCAGGAAGUUCCUGGGCCCCAUGUCCUCUGUGUUCCCAACGGCAAUGUCCAUCCCCAUCCAGGUGGUGGCCAGGGCCAUGCUGGCCAACGCCCUCCUGCAACCCCAGCAGGCCCUGGAGAUCCUGGAGAACAAGGCCAUCUACGAGCUGGGCAACAGCCCCAAGAAGUGAGGGGGCGGAACCAGCAGAGGGACUUUUUACCAAUCACAAAAAGUGCCAUUAUUCUGUUAACAGGUUCUGUAAAAUUGAGUCAAUUGUUAAUUUUGCUGCUUGCUGAACACUCGAUUAUUGGCUUUGUGUGAAUUUUUAUUUUAUUUAUAUAAAUCUUUUUCUGUCCUCUCUGCAACUCUGUUUCUCUAAAAUGUUUACUGCAAACGUGUUUUAAUGGUUGAAAAGGGAAACACUACAGCAUCUUUAUCCUCUGUGUGUGAUGUCAUAAUGCCUUAAAGCCAACAGACAUUCACCUAUUUGUUGUUUUGUUCUUAAAUGUUGAAUAAUGUCAACAACAUCUUGAUUACAUUGUGUAAAAUCCAUAUUCAUCUGUACUGCUGCGUUGAUAUAUAAUUCUAAUAUGUAAAUAAAUGGUAAGUAAUAAAAGU